CGGUACGGAACUCUGUUUUGCUCUAUUUGGAUUUCCUACCAGCUAAAAAUCUUAAAGCUUUAAAACAUUAACCUACUUUAAACUAAGUAAAAAUGUAUAUUUUCUCUAAUUUAGUGAAAGUUACUAUUCCUAAUUACUUGGCUGGAUUACCGAUCCCUGAUAGUUUCGGUGGAUGGUUUCGUCUAGGAGUUCGUGACUGGCUUGCUUUGUUACCACCAACUUUGGCAGUUGGAGGUAUCUCAUAUAUAUCAUAUCAAACCGUUAAGAAGGCUCGUGAGGCAGGCAAUGGCCAAGUAAACCCAUCCAUAAGGAAGGACAUCAAUAAAGUUGUAGAUUUCAUUGAUAUAGAAGAUAUCACAGAAAAAGUGUCACUUUGCAGAUGUUGGAGAAGUAAAAAUUGGCCUUAUUGUGAUGGAGCACAUGGUGCCCACAACAAAGCAACUGGUGACAACACUGGUCCUGCAGUAGUGAGGCAUAAGGAGUCCAAGUAGAAAUCCAGAUCAUCACCUUAUGAACAAGUGAUAACAAAAUGUGAUCAUAGUAGCAUAAAUUUGAUGUAAUAUAUUACUGCAAAUAUCACAGU